ACCAUGAUCGACGGCGACGCCAACGCCAACGCCGCCGGCGCGCAGAAGUUCAACCAGGGCCUCUUCGACCGCAUCGUCGCCGGCAAGGGCACCCCGCGCCGGCCCCAGAUGCCCGACGUCUACGUCUUCGCGCUGCUGGACGAGGACGCCAAGAGCGUCGACCCCGGCAACUUCGAGCGCCACUGGGGCGUCUUCAACUACGACGGCUCGCCCAAGUACGCGCUCCGCCUCGCCGGCGGCAAGGGCAUCGUGCCGGCCAAGGGCGUCAGGUACCUGUCCAAGCAGUGGUGCGUGCUCCGCCCCGACGCCAGCCCCACCGACCCGGCCAUCGUGGGUGCCGUGGGGUACGCGUGCCAGUAUGCCGACUGCACCAGCCUCAGCCCCGGCUCCUCCUGCGGCGGCCUCGACGUCAGGGGCAACGUCUCCUACGCCUUCAACCAGUUCUUCCAGUCAGCCAGCCAGCAGAAGGGAUCCUGCGGCUUCAACAACCUCUCCGUGGUCACCACCACCGACCCGUCGCGGGGCACCUGCCGCUUCAAGAUCAUGAUCGACACCGGCCGGCACGACCUCACCCACCAGGACGACUCCGGCGCCGCCAGGGCCGCCGCCGCGUGGGGCGCCGUCGUCGCCAUGCUCGCAUUGCUCGCCAUCGUGGCACUCUGACCAUCCCUCCCUCUGACAUCGCCAUUGAUGAGGACACGCGCGCGUGCUCACCACCUGACCUCAGGGGCUUGCUAGCCUAGCCUUGAGAGGAAGAAAGGACCAAACAAUUCUUUCAUUAGUUGUUUCUUUUCUUUUCUUUUCUU